UGCGACGCAGCGUUUGUUGCAUACCUUAUUUUUAAAGUCGCGUGGUUCAACUAGAAGUCGAAAACAAAAUAGUAUUCAAAAAUGAACCAUGUUAACACAGAUGACCCGAUAUUUAAUAUUAAAUUUCUUCAAUUAAUAAAGAAUCGCCCUUGCCUAUGGAACUACAGUUUAUCUGAAUACAGUAAAAGACACAUAAUAGAAAAGGUCUGGAAGGAGGUGGCAGGGGAAAUGAAAGAUUCAGUAAAAGCUGUGCCAUUUGUAAAAAUGCCUUUAAUUUCAAUCGAAAAUCGUAUUAAAAUCAUCGAAACCUAUAACGAGAAUGGUCGUUGGGUGAAAACCACAUAUCGAAUUUGGUGGAUAAAUUUAAAUCUACCCAUUCCGCGGCCUUCUCAACAAUUGGGCUUAUCGACGAUGACCAAAUGGCGAAUUUUGCGUAAGGAUUUAUUUCUAAAACCUUAUAAGGUACAGUUGGUUCAAGAAUUGAAGCCGGCCGACCAUUACGUUCGUCAAACAACGGAUUUAUUGCAAACCAAAUUUCCAGAUCGAGUAAUUUCGCGUAACUUUGCAUUAAAUUGGCCGCCUAGAUCCUGUGAUUUAACACCACUGGACUAUUUCUUGUGGGGCUAUGUGAAAGAUCAAGUCUAUGCGGAUAAUCCGCUAACCAUUGAGGCGUUAAAAGCCAACAUUGAACGUGCCAUUCGUGAGAUAGAGCCUCAGUUAUGCCAAAAUGUGAUUACAAAUUUUAACAAAAGAAUCGAUGUAUUGGCCAACUGUCGCGAACGAUGGAGAAAUAUUAGAACCUCAUAUCUAAGGUCGCUAAAAAAGCCAUCAAGCGGUUCCAGCACAAAGAAACCAUAUUACUUAGCCGGUUAUUUAGAUUUUAUUCUUCCUUACACUAAAAGAAAAACUACAAUUAUAAAUAUGGAAGAACUUUUUGAUAACAAUGAGACUUCUGAAGAAGAUAAUAGUGAAUUUCAGGAGAAUACAGAAAAUACGGAAAAUCAAGAACUACCUUCUCAGUCACAAGCAGUUAGUGUUCCAAAGAAGCAAAAGGUUACUCAAAUUCCUUCAUCAUCUUCAAACCCUGUUGACGAUUCUUUGCUGGAGUGGCUUGAAAACAAAAAAGAACGAGACAAUUUUAAAAAGGAAGAGCCAAAUAUGUCCUUUUUUCGUAGUUUAUUGCCGGAUGUAAUGAAAAUGACAGACAAGCAAAAUCGCAGAUUUCGACAAAAAGUUAUAGGUCUUAUAGAUGAAAUACUUGAUGAUGCCGAUAUUAGACAAGAUAUAAAUUUAUUAUAAAAACAAAUAACAUGCAUGAGUUCGAUACCUUAAUCGAACAGAUACGAAAGACAAAACCACAAUGAAGACUGUUAAAAUUAAUAAAUGGUUAAAAAAUACUAUAA